CCAUGGCUUGCGGCGCCACUUUGAAAAGGACUCUGGAUUUCGACCCGCUGCUGAGCCCGGCGUCCCCGAAGCGAAGGCGAUGUGCGCCAUUGUCAGCCCCGGCCUCAGCCGCCUCCUCCUCCUUCGCCGCCGCUGCCUCCUCCCCGCAGAAAUACCUGCGCAUGGAGCCCUCGCCCUUCGGAGAGGUGUCCUCCCGGCUCACCACAGAGCAAAUUCUGUACAACAUAAAACAGGAGUACAAACGCAUGCAGAAGAGAAGACAUUUAGAAAAUAGCUUCCAGCAGACAGAUCCUUGUUGUUCUACUGAUGCACAGCCACAUGCAUUUCUCCUCACUGGACCAGCUUUGCCAGGUACUUCAUCUGCAGCAUCAUCACCAUUGAAAAAAGAACAGCCCCUGUUUACUCUCAGACAAGUUGGAAUGAUCUGUGAACGUUUGCUGAAAGAACGUGAAGAGAAAAUCCGUGAAGAGUAUGAAGAAAUUUUGACCACAAAACUUGCAGAACAAUAUGACGCAUUUGUGAAGUUCACGCAUGAUCAGAUCAUGCGACGAUAUGGAGAACAGCCUGCCAGUUAUGUUUCAUGAAUCACACUUUCUGCAUAUGUGGGCUGCCCUAUACACCCUGUUUUAUUGUUGCAAGCUGUCCCAGUAAAGACUUGCAACAAUGCCAUAUUUUUUCCCCCCUGUGAACACAGGUUAUUUCAAGCUUUUGUCAGUGGCAACCACUCUUAUGCAGCAACUGGUUUUGGAGUGCUCCCUGAUGUCAGUACCACCUGGAUGUGGACCUUUGCUACCUGUAAUAAUACCAGUGGCCUCAUUUGCUGUAUCAUUACGAUUUGGCUUCUUAUGUUAAUAAGUUUGAAAAAGUAAAGGAUUAAAGCUGGUGUUCUAGAAGUUGCCCUUCACUGGUUGUGUAAAUAAAAAUGUAGAAUGACACUUCUGACUGAAGUUAGUGUGGUUUUCAUAACUGUGCACUACAACAGAGCUGUAAUCACAGUUAAGUUAGAAUGUAAUCCCAGGACAAUUUUAAGCAAAUAGCCCACAGUACUGCCUGUGAAAUAGUGAAGGAGGGCAUUUCUGUAUUCCAUGACUUUUUUGGGGGUUAAGAAUGGGUUUAUAUGAUUUCUCAUUUUUGUAGUUUUUAUUUAUUCUAUCAGUCUUUAACAAAUGUUUAUUGCUGCAAUUUUUCAGUGUAUCAUUGUUUUACUGCCCUUGUAGUACUGGAAUUUAGUUGGAAGAAUAAAACAUUUACUUCUAA